UUCCGUAUCCAUGGUGCCGCUCUGUAAGAAGUAUGUGUUACUGAACAUGUCUAAACGAUUAUUUAAGAACCGUAUGUCCAAUGAAUUGACAUUAUAACUUAACUAGACGUUUAUUAGCUAUUUUUUUUCCCCUCAAAACAGACUUGUUUUCGCCAGCGACACGAUGUUGGCGACGUUGACCAGAGUUAAAAGUCCUCGGUGGCUUUCUCCGGACAUACUUUUAGGAUACUUAUUAGGACAAGAGGUUAGAAGGAAGGAGCUGAGCGUGCUCAGUCACAGUUGUCCCCCAGUAUCCGCAGCGUGGAGGCGGACAGUCAGCACCUCCUGCACUCUGAGCUCCAAGGCCCGAGGAAACCCGAAGAAAACCGAGCUGUCGGAAAAGAAGCUGACCCGUCACUUUGUAGACCAACGGCGUGUGAGGCUGGUGGCUGGAUCAGGCGGUAAAGGGUCCUGCAGCUUUCUCAGUGAGCCCCGAAAAGAGUGGGGUGGACCGAACGGAGGUAAUGGAGGUGAUGGAGGCAGCAUCAUUAUCAAGGCUGACCGCUUUGUCAAAUCAUUGGCGCAAGUAGUUCCGGUUUACAAGGGAGAGGACGGGCAAUCAGGAGGCAGUAAGAACUGUUACGGCAAGAAUGGCAGCACAACCUAUAUUUCUGUACCAUUGGGCACUGUAAUAAAGGAAGAUGGAAAGACAGUAGUGGACCUUUCUGAGAAUGGCCAGGAGUAUCUGGCGGUAUUUGGAGGGGCCGGUGGGAAGGGGAAUCGAUUCUUUCUGUCCAAUGAGAACCGCGCCCCAUUGACCGCAACCCCAGGAACGGCAGGCCAGGAGAGGGUCCUCCAGCUAGAGCUCCGCACCAUGGCACACGCCGGACUAGUUGGGUUUCCUAAUGCUGGGAAAUCAUCGUUGUUGAGAGCCAUCUCCAACGCGAGGCCUGCUGUGGCUGCUUACCCUUUUACAACACUCAAUCCACAUGUAGGAAUUGUCAUGUACAGGGAUCAUGAGCAAGUUGCAGUUGCUGACAUCCCAGGCAUCAUUCGAGGAGCCCAUCUAAACCGAGGCCUGGGCCUCUCUUUUCUGCGUCACAUAGAGCGCUGUCGUUUCCUCCUCUUCGUUCUGGACCUUUCGACUCCGGAGCCCUGGACCCAGCUCCAGCAAUUGCGUUAUGAACUGGAUCAGUAUGAGCAUGGUCUUUCCCAGCGGCCUCAGGCCAUCAUAGCCAACAAAAUGGACAUACCCGAAGCCCGGGAGAAGCUAGAGACUUUAAAGAGCCUGGUCACACAGCGGGUCAUCCCCGUGUCGGCUCUUACGGGACAGAACACAGAAGAGCUUAUCCUCCAUCUCAGAGAGCUGUAUGACGGCUACCUACAAGGACAUGGUAGUGGGGAAGGCAAGCCCUCUAGGUGGUAGAAUAAACAAUUUAUUCUUGCUCUACUGAUAUUUCUAUGAUGGUAUAUUUAUUUUGGAAGAUAAAGAAUGUAUUUCAUUUAAUAAAUAUAUAUAAACAAAA